AUGGUCUAUUCUCUCACUUACCGUCGUCCCCCAUAUGUCGACUCCGCUCGGGCGUCCGUCCUUGGGGACGAGAAGACCAAAUCCAUUGGAGAAGCGUCCAUCGAUUCCCAGGCCUCUGGAGGUUCUGGAGGAAUGUCCUUUGGUAUCCCCGAUGCCUUGUCCUUUGACCGCAUCAUCACUGGAGGCACUUGCCCGCCAUGCACAGCACGCGAUUUCAUGAACUACCUCGUCUACAUUGAACACUCCGCCGAGAACCUCCAAUUCUACCUCUGGUACCGUGACUACCUCAAGCGUUUCAACGAGCUUCCAUCAAACGAGCGUGCUCUUGCACCAGAAUGGUCCGCAGAACAGGCGGAGAUAGAUGCACAGGCAAAUCAGGGAACACCAGGACCCAAGCAGCAAAUCAGUGCUGAGACUGCAGCUGUGUUCAAAGGCACAGAUUUCGCUCCCCCUACUGCGAGUGUGGUGGAGGUGAAAGGCAACCCUUUCAAUACGCCACCAAGAACCCCAAAUGGCGGAGAAUACAGAGAAAGUGUAGCUCCAUCCGAGCGUGCGUGGAGCGAGAACUGCUCCACCUUGAACUCCAACACCAACAGAUCGUUCCAGACAAAGACUGCAGGUGCUUUUCAAGGAGCUGACCUCAAAUGGCAACCAUUCACGAUCCAGCCGUUCCGAGAAGAAAUCUCACGCAUCAUUGCAAUCUAUAUAGCCGAUGGUGCACCUCGCCAGCUGAACCUCUCAGCGAAGGAACGGAUGACUCUACUGCACGCCUUGGCUAACACCACUCACCCCACAGCCUUUCGAGUUGUCGUCCACACGGUCGAAUGGUCUCUACGUCACCAAGCCCACCCCAACUUCAUUCGGUGGACCAUUUGUAACGGCAACGCACCCCGUGUCGUCUUCGCCCGUGGUCUUGGUGUUGCCGGCAUCCUUGGAGGUAUCAUUUGUGCCAUUCUCAUCACUCUCAGCAAUGCUGGUCGAGGCUGGAGGGUACUUUCGGCCAUUGGCUUCAUGAUCGGUGUGGCAACACUCAUUGCUGCCUGGAAGGGCAUGUGCGUCGUCCUCCACGGUAUGCACCAUCGCCAUCUCCGCCCAUGGGAGCUUUUCGCUGAAGACGACGACGAAUCCUCCUGGGACAUGGGCAAAGGUUCUUUCGACACUGUCGGCAGCGCCAAUAGCUACGAAGACGAACCCUGGGUCGCCAAAUACGAGAAACGCAACAUUAUCCGGAAAGUCUUCGAUCGUGAAGUCUGGAUCCAAGAGCCGGCUCUUCGGCAAAUCCAGGACACCAUCUUCGUGCAAGCUCUUGGUGGUGCACUGAUCAUCACUGCUAUCUCCGUGGGGAUCUUUUGCGCGUUCCCCAAAGGCAACUACUAUUAG